AUGAAGGGAAACUACAGUGCAAGCUGGCUUAAUUUACCAGUUGAUUUUCUUGUUAACUAAUUCUCUUUUCCCCUUAAAGCGGAAACUUUCGAAUGAUUUUAAUCACGUUUAUCAAAUUUACAUUUUUAUUUCAGCUGAUCUUGGUAUUUCUUGAACCUGAGGCCGCUAUGUCGUCUCCGAAAGCUACCCCCGGAGCAGAGAAAGGCUUUAUUCGUGGGGAAUUUCCUGAGGAUUUUAUUUGGGGAGCAGCGACCGCAGCCUAUCAGAUCGAAGGUGCUUGGAACGAAGAUGGAAAAGGCCCUAGCAUUUGGGAUACUUUCAGUCACAUUGGGGGUAAAAUCCAUAACAAUGACACUGGGGAUGUCGCAUGCGACAGCUAUCACAAAAUCGAAGAGGAUGUAUCACUUUUAAAGAACCUCGGUGUUGGUUACUACCGAUUUUCCGUGUCAUGGUCCCGAGUGUUGCCCCAGGGAACAGCAGACAAAGUGAAUCCCCUUGGGAUUAAGUAUUACAACAGAUUGAUUGACAAUCUGUUAGCCAACGGGAUUAAGCCCGCCGUGACCCUCUACCAUUUUGACCUGCCGCAAGCAUUGCAAGAUAUUGGUGGCUGGCGCAAUCCUGAAAUAUCUAAUAUCUUUAAUGAUUAUGCCCGAUUUUGUUUCAAAGAGUUUGGAGACAGAGUUGAAAUGUGGCUUACAAUUAAUGAACCUCACGAGGAGGCACUAGACGCUUAUGGUCUUGGUGCUUUUGCCCCUGGGAUUAAGGACAUGGCCAGUGGACCUUACCAGGCUGGCCACAACAUGUUGCUUGCCCAUGCAAAAGCAUGGCACACUUAUGACAAAGAAUUUAGACAAAACCAGAAAGGGAAGGUGAGCAUUGUGGUAAAUGCACAGUGGUUUGAACCCAAGACUGACAAGGAAGAAGAUAUCAAUGCAGCUGACCGUGGCAUGCAGUGGUUCCUGGGUUGGAUGGCCCACCCCGUGUUCAUUAAUGGUGACUAUCCAGAGAUCAUGAAGGCACGCAUUCUGGAGAAAAGUAAAGCUCAAGGAUUGCCUUCCAGGCUUCCAUCCUUCACCUCAGAACAAAAGAGGUUGCUUAAGGGAACUGCUGACUUCCUAGCUCUUAAUUUCUAUUCAGUGUCAUUUGCAGAACAUCAUGACUUGUCCCAAGAGAAAAAUGUCACGUGGGGCUACUUUACUGACCAGGAAAUGAAGACAUCACGGGAUCCAACAUGGCUAAAAGGGGACCCCUCUUGGUUAUAUUGUGUUCCCUGGGGUAUGCGCAAAAUGCUAGUGUGGUUGAAAGAACAAUACAACAAUCCUGAAAUUGUUGUUACUGAAAAUGGUUUCAGUGCUUAUGGUGAACACGACCUAGAAUUACCUGCUGCUCUCCAAGACAGAGACCGUGUCACAUAUCUGAGAGGAUAUAUUAAUGAAGCUUUAAAAGCCAUGAAACUGGAUGGUGUCAAACUGAAGGGAUACUUUGUUUGGUCGCUUUUGGAUAACUUUGAAUGGGAUGAUGGCUAUCGGUUUAGAUUUGGCAUUCAUCAUGUGGACUUUAAUGAUCCCAAGCGGCCACGGACCCCAAAGCUUUCAGCUGAGGUGUUCAAGACAAUUGUGCAAGAUAAUGGCUUUCCUUAUUAAUGAUAUAAAGGAAACUAUUAUAGUUUCUGAUUUUUUAAUUUCCUUUUUACUUGUGUGAAGGACUUUGUCAUAAAACAGAGCCAAGACUAGCUACUUGUAGUCUCUGCUAAACAAAUUAAGCUUUGUUAGAUAAUUUAUCACAGUAAGGGCUAAAGGUAUGGGAAGGGCGAUUCUCAUGAUCUGGUACCAAUAGGUUGGAGAGGGGGUAGUUGAAGUUGUUGACUUUGGAAUGUCUAUAGAUAUACUUUUCAAUUUAUAUUAGAAGAGAGGAACUUGGAAAUACUAAUAAGGUGACAAAAGAAACUUGGCAUGAGCUGUCAACCUCUUUUGCAGCUUUUACACUGUUUGUAUACGUGAAAAAAUUAAAGAUAAAAAUUGAUUGCUUCA